AUGGGCGCGUGCAACUCGUGCGAGGCGACGGCCGUGGCGGCGGUGACGGGGGCCUCCGCGGUGGGCGAGGCCACGGCGGCGCGGGUCGUGCUCGCGGACGGCCAGCUGCAGCGGUUCCCCGGGGGCACCCGGGCGUCGCAGGCCAUGAAGGCCGCGGCUGCGGCGGCGACGGCGGCGCCCGCGGGCGCGUGCUUCCUGUGCAGCGCCGACGGGCUCGAGCUCGGCGGCGCGGUGGCCGCGGUGGCGGCCGACGAGGAGCUGCAGCCCGGGCAGCUCUACUUCGUGCUGCCCGCGGCGAUGCGGCGCCGGCCGCUGCAGGCGGAGGAGAUGGCCGCGCUCGCGAUCCGCGCCAGCGCCGCGCUGGCCUGCGACCACGACGGCCCGCUCGUGUUCCCCGACUCGGCCAGCGGCGCCCCCGCGGCGAGGAGCGGCGUGAAGGGUGCGUCCCGCCGGCGGUCGCGGAGGGCCCCCAGCCUCGGGCGCGACUUCGUGCCUGAUCUCGGCGCCAUUGCCGAGUAG